UACAUGCACGGCAAAAUGCUAACACUAUAUACCUUUUUGUCGAACGAUUUUAUGAAUUUGUUUCGAAGUAGUGUGGAUUAUGAUGUUAUUAUUGAAGUUGGCGAGGUUCCUUAUAACAAGUCAUAUAAAGUGCAUUCCCUUAUCUUACAAUCCCGUAGUAAAAAAUUGAAAAGGGAUUUAAGCGAGAUUAGGUACAAUAAUGAUAACAUCAAAGUAUUAAAGAUGCCCCAUAUUCCUGCAGUGGUUUUCGACGUUAUCAUCAGCUACAUUUACAGUGGCGUUAUUCCAGUAGAAACUAUCGACCCUUCAGUUAUCUUCGAUCUUUUAAUCGCCUCUGAUGAAUUUUGUCUUGACGGAUUGAUUGAACAGAUCCAAAAUUACCUCACUAACAACUGUACUCACUGGUUGAUAUUACACUUUGGUCAAGUUUACUACGAAGUUUUUCCACCUGAAGAGCCAAUUUCCUCUGUAAUUUUACCACCUCGGAUGCAAAUGUCUACGCCUCAAGAGUCAACACAAGUGCCAACACAGCCGGCGCAAAUGUCAACAAAUUUGAUGCAAACACAAACACAGUCGGUGCAAAUGUCAACAAAUUUGAUGCAAACACAAGCACAGUCGGUGCAAAUGUCAACAAAUUUGAUGCAAACACAAGCACAGUCGGUGCAAAUUCCAACAUUACCGGUGAUAAAAUCACAGAUCACGCAAAUGCCAACGCAACCGACGCAAUCACAGAUCUUGCAACCGGAAACACAAAUCAUGCAAGCGCCAACACAACCGAUGCAAACACCAACACAACCGAUGCAAACACCCACUCAACCGAUGCAAACGCCCACUCAACCGAUGCAAAGACUAACAGAACAGGUAGACGCAAUCAAAUUGGACUCUUCCCCUCAAGUAAUGCAACCACAACAAUUAUCGGAUGUCAUCGAACGAGUUGUAGCCAUGUGGGAUUAUACCGGGGAGGAUGAUGAGAACGAUCUAUCCUUUAAAAAAGGCGACAUCAUAGAGGUUACCGAAUAUCUAAGCGAAGGGUGGGGGAAUGGUCGUAUAGAGGGAAAAAAUGAAGAAGGUGUAUUUCCAUUAAAUUACACUAAAAAAUUACAUACCGAAUCAUCACAGAGUAUCUCAGUACCCAUGCCUAAUCCACCGUUUGUACCAAAGAUACCUCGACAGCCAGGUUACUGA